UAGAUCCUUACGAUCGGAUGCACCUGCGUCGAGUGCCCUAAUUAGCCAUCGUCGCUGCUCGUUCCGAUUCGAGAAUGAACGCAUCGUUGAAUUCAGGAAUGGUUUUCUCUGAAGACAUAGCCGACGGAAGUGAUUCGGAUACGAAUUCCGCUGAAGGAUCGGAUUACUACGAGCCGAUCUCGGUCAUUGAUGGUGAAGAAUCCGAUGAAGCUGCUGGAUCAGAUGACGAAACUUACAGCUCCGAUACUCAUUUGCACCAUUUACCCAACGGUUUCCGUGUAGAGAAUGCAGUUUCGUCUCUUAGCCUGAACGACGAUGUGGAGAGAAGGUGCAGUGAUGAGGAAGAGGAGGAGAGCAUGAGAGAGGCUUCUGAUUCAGCGAUUAGAAUGGCGUUUAGAGAGGAUGAGACUCGGAGAAAUGCGCCGCUGUCGCCGGAGAAUGCGACGAGGAUCAUGGAGGCCAUGCGCGGCAUCUCAUUUGGCGGCUCUGCUCCAGAUUGGACUCGGAUUGUAUCUGAGGAUCGUUGGAUUGAUCAACUUCGAAGGCUUAGGCAAACCCCUACCUCUCCCAAUAAUUUCGGAAACUGAGAGAUGGAAUUCUCAUCAUCUCAAAAUUCAGAUCCUUCUUCUUCUUCUUCUUCUUCAUUCCUUUAGUUUAUCAUAGAAUUGUCAUAUCACUCUCCGAUUAUCCUCUUGAAUAAAGAUCCUUCUGGGUUUUGGUUCGCGAACAGUUCAUCCAUUUCCCGAUCACAUGCGCUCUCUUCGAUCUCAUAAUUAAGUGUCAUUCAACUUAUGCUUGAAAGAAAACUGAAGUCAUGACUUUCAAGGGAGCUGCUUGCUUCAAGCUUAAGCUUCUUCAAGCCACAAUAUGAUGUCUGCACUUUUGUCUAGUGGCUCAAAGCUCAAAAUUGAGAAUUGAAUUGGUGAUAAGUUAGAUCGUAUGUUUCUCGGUUCUUGAAUUCAAACUCUCUGCCUUCCUUCCCCUUUUGUUUUCUUUCAUUCUUGUAUCCUAUGAAGCAGAAGUCAUCUGUAAUAUUUGAUGAAAUUGAAGUAAAGGACCGAUGGAAGUUUCCAUUAUCA